AGUGGUUGGGACAGGGCCUGGAAUUCACACUUUAUAAGUAUUAGCUCUGAUGGGGAAGUGGAAGUUCAGAGAGGUUAUGUGACUUGCGAAAAGUCACACAGCUCAGGAGAAGUCCCUUUAACUGGGGUGGGUAGCAGUGUGGCUUUUAUCCGCGGGAAGCCCCCAAUUCACACAGACCUUACCCCUGGCCUUCCAUGUCUUGUCCCUCAGAAGUUCCACCUGGUGCCGAGCAUCAAUGCUGUGAGUGGCAGCCAGGAGCUGCAGUGGAUGGUUCAGCCUCACUUCCUGGGACCCAGCAGCUACCCCAGACCUCUGGCCUAUCCUCAGUACAGCUACCCACAGCCCCGGCCAGGAGUCAUCCGGGCCCUGGGGCCACCUCCAGGGGUGCGUCGCCGGCCCUCUGAACAGAUCAGCCCAGAGGAGGAGGAGCGCCGUCGGGUGAGGCGCGAGCGGAACAAGCUGGCCGCGGCAAAGUGCAGGAACCGGAGGAAGGAACUGACCGAUUUCCUGCAGGCGGAGACCGACAAGCUGGAGGACGAGAAAUCAGGACUGCAGCGAGAGAUUGAGGAGCUGCAGAAGCAGAAGGAGCGGCUGGAGCUGGUACUCGAAGCCCACCGCCCCAUCUGCAAAAUCCCGGAAGGAGCCAAGGAGAGCGACACUGGUGGCCCAGGCGGUGCCAGCAGCCCACCAGCCCCCUCCCGCCCUGUGCCUUGUAUCUCCCUCUCCCCAGGGCCUGUGCUUGAACCCGAAGCAUUGCACACCCCCACGCUCAUGACCACACCCUCUCUGACUCCUUUCACACCCAGUCUGGUUUUCACCUACCCCAGUACGCCGGAGCCCUGUGCCUCAGCCCAUCGCAGGAGCAGCAGCAGCAGUGGGGACCCAUCCUCUGAUCCCCUAGGCUCCCCCACCCUCUUGGCCUUAUGAGGCACUCUGGUUAUCCUCCCUGGCCAAUAUCUCCCCAUCCAUUGGUCCAGCUGGCCUGGGCUGUAUCCCAUGCUCAACCCCAGCAGGUUCUCCAUCCCUCCAGAUGAGACUGAGCCUAUUGUGCUUCCUGGCAGAGCCAGCUUGGGGCUACCAAAGCUGCUCAGUUUCUCUAGAGCUCGCCUCUCUAGCACAAUUUGCAUUAAAUCAGAGACAAACUAUUUUCCAUUUAUGCAAGAGAACUCCUGGCAGCCCCAAAGGACUUUAUAGACCUCUAGAGGUUUUCUGGAGCCCUAACCCCCUCCAGGCCUUCCCUAAGUCUUCACUACCCUCUUCCUGUGAUCCACCCAACCAUACCCCCGGACAGAAGGUGAUAUGAUACCAGCCUAGAACACUAACUCACCCAGCCCCACUGCCAGCAGCACCCGGUGAUUGAACCAGGGCAUUCUGCCAUCCCCUCCAGAAAUGGCACCGUUCAAGAGAGUGCUAGAGACUUCUGUGAUGAGCUGAGCUGCAGCCCCUGGCUCUGAGAAGACUUUAGCUCCAGGGAAUCUAAGCUCCACUGCAAGGGCAGCUGCUAUUUAUUUUCCUAAAGAGAGUAUUUUUAUACAAACCUGCCAAAAUGGAAUAAAAGGCUUGAAGCUCUG